GGCUACUGAAGAUCAAGAUGGAAGUUUCGUGGUCCGAUAUCACUGCCAUCGAGGCUGUUAUGAACCCUAAUCAACCCGGACGUCUUCGUAUUGAGUUGGCUAGCACUCCUCUCUUCUUCCGAGAAAUCUCACCUCAACCAGGAAAGCAUAGCAAUUGGGAGCCUACUUAUGAUUUCACUUAUGGUCAAGCCCAUCUUUACAUGAAACAUGAAGUUACAUUCCUACCUGGAGUGCUCGAUAAGCACUACGAGCAGCUGCUGAUAAACGAUGAGCAUCUGGCUGAGCUCAGUCGCAGGCCCUUACCGGACCAUGACAAGCAUCUGACUGAGCUCAGGCUCUACUCAGGACCUGCCGAUUUUUCAAAUCAGAAGGCUCUUGUUGCUCAUGAUCAACGUCAGCACAGUGAUGUUGGCUCACCGAGUCAGAACCCCAUUGUUGCUCCUGCCUCAACACAUAUUGACUCAUCAUCAAGUCAGAACUACUCUGUUGUUCCUGAUCAGCACCUCUAUGAACGCAACGAUAUGGUUCGAGGUGGUAAUGAAGCUUCAUCUAUGAAGAGAGUGGGAUGAGUGAAGAGGUGGGUUAAAACUUGUAUACAUUGCUGCAUAAUACAGAUAUUAUUUUCUUCUUAUGGGUACAUAUAUUCAUAUGGUCUCUUGAAGCUGAAUUAGAUAUAGCAAAUGUGAUCAAGUUUGACAUUUCUACAGUGUUAUAGAUGAUGAAUGUUGGUAAAGAUA